GAUAUGUCGAUGGUCGGAUUACUCAGCUUUUUGUUUUGCAAUCAGUGUACUACAUAUGUAAAACAUAUACUUCACAAAUUUACAAAGUAUUUAUCCAUAUCAAGUCAAUAUAUUGAGCAAUAAUAGAUCAAUAUAUUGGUAAAUAUUGCUUUCUGUAAAUAUAUUAUACAUAUAUAUUGUUUUUUGUCAGCCCGACAUAUCGGAUACGAUAUCUAGUCGCUAUUAUCCAUUUCUGAAAAUAAGAUGGGUGUAUUGAACAAGGAAAUUGCUACAAGGAACUCUAAAAUCUCGUGGGGACAGCAUAAUACUUGUUACACCAUGCAGAAUUCUCAUCUCAAUACAUUAUCCCAUGACGUAGAUACAAAUGUUUCUAUAAUAUCAUAGUAUGUUCUAGAUUGUGCAUAAUUCUCAUACAAAACAGUAUAAUUCUCGUGUACGUGGCAAAAUUGACAUAUCGGAGUUUUACUGCCACCCAAAAAUAAAUUAUGCACUUUUUUAAGCAAAAUUUUCGUUUGAUGAUUUACCGAAAACAAAGAAACAAAAAUUGAAAAUGGCACAUUCUGCCAAGAAACUCAAACUAAUGUCGAACAAUAACCGUAAUCAGCCCCACAUUACAACAACGUCUCCAGCAGUUAAUCGUUUAGCUAAGAAAGCUGUUGUCUGAUCAGAAGUCGUCAACGAAGAAAUGAUCAAGAAAAUUGUGCAAUCGGUAGUACAUUCCGCAGCCACACAAUUUAGCAACGAUAUUCAAAAAACACAGAAACAAAUUGUAGCGUCGCUCAAGAAACACGAUCAAAUGUUUCAGUUGUUGUUUAAGAACUAAGUUAAGGUGCAGAAAGCCUUUGGUCAUCGUCAUGUAUGUUUUUUAUCUUGCUUAGGUUUUCUCUAAUCCGAUGGUUUUGUUUACGUUCAUAGCCCAUUACAAAUGCCAGAAGAAGAACAACAAGGAGGAGCGACGGCAGAAAUAGAGAAACAGUUUGAGACAGCUGGGAUAUGUGAACGUAGAGGUGAACAAAUAAAUUUGUUAUCUAUCACGACUGAUCCAAAUUUUAUGAAUUGGUACGUGACAUGA